AUGACUCCCCACAGUCCUCCAGUCAGGACUCCUUACAGUCCUUCAGUCAGGACUCCUUACAGUCCUCCAGUCAGGACUCCUUCCUUCAGUCAGGACAGUCCUUCAGUCAGGUCCUCCAGUCAGGACUUACAGUCCUUCAGUCAGGACACAGUCCUCCAGUCAGGACACCUUACAGUCCUUCAGUCCUUACAGUCCUUCAGUCAGGAUUACAUAGUCCUUCAGUCAGGACUCCUUACAGUCCUCCAGUCAGGACACCUUACAGUCCUCCAGUCAGGACACCUUACAGUCCUUCAGUCAGGAUUACAUAGUCCUUCAGUCAGGACUCCUUACAGUCCUCCAGUCAGGACUCCUUACAGUCCUUCAGUCAGGACACCUUACAGUCCUCCAGUCAGGACACCUUACAGUCCUCCAGUCAGGACACCUUACAGUCCUCCAGUCAGGACUCCUUACAGUCCUCCAGUCAGGACUCCUUACAGUCCUUCAGUUAGGACUCCUUACAGUCCUCCAGUCAGGACACCUCACAGUCCUCCAGUCAGGACACCUUACAGUCCUCCAGUCAGGACUCCUUACAGACCUUCAGUCAGGACACCUCACAGUCUUUCAGUCAGGACUCCUUACAGUCCUCCAGUCAGGACACCUUACAGUCCUCCAGUCAGGACUCCUUACAGUCCUUCAGUCAGGACACCUUACCCUUCAGUCAGGACUCCUUACACAGGACACCUUACAGUCUCCUUCAGUCCUCCUUACAGUCCUUACAGUCCUCCAGUCAGGACUCCUUACAGUCCUCCAGUCAGGACUCCUCACAGUCCUCCAGUCAGGACUCCUCACAGUCCUUCAGUCAGGACUCCUUACAGUCCUUCAGUCAGGACACCUUACAGUUCUUCAGUCAGGACUCCUCACAGUCCUCCAGUCAGGACUCCUCACAGUCCUUCAGUCAGGACUCCUUACAGUCUUCCAGUCAGGACUCCUUACAGUCUUCCAGUCAGGACUCCUUACAGUCCUUCAGUCAGGACACCUUACAGUCCUCCAGUACAGUCCUUCAGUCAGGACUCCUCCAGUCAGGACUCCUUACAGUCCUCCAGUCAGGACUCCUUACAGUCCUCCAGUCAGGACUCCUUACAGUCCUUCAGUCAGGACUCCUUACAGUCCUUCAGUCAGGACUCCUUACAGUCCUCCAGUCAGGACUCCUUACAGUCCUUCAGUCAGGACACCUUACAGUCCUCCUUACAGUCCUCCAGUCAGGACUCCCCACAGUCCUCCAGUCAGGACUCCUUACAGUCCUUCAGUCAGGACUCCUUACAGUCCUCCAGUCAGGACUCCUUACAGUCCUUCAGUCAGGACACCUUACAGUCCUCCUUAGAGUCCUUCAGUCAGGACUCCUUACAGUCCUCCAGUCAGGACUCCUUACAGUCCUCCAGUCAGGACUCCUCACAGUCCUUCAGUCAGGACUCCUUACAGUCCUCCAGUCAGGACUCCUUACAGUCCUCCAGUCAGGACUCCUUACAGUCCUCCAGUCAGGACUCCUUACAGUCCUUCAGUCAGGACUCCUUACAGUCUUCCAGUCAGGACUCCUUACAGUCUUCCAGUCAGGACUCCUUACAGUCCUCCAGUCAGGACUCCUUACAGUCUUCCAGUCAGGACUCCUUACAGUCCUUCAGUCAGGACACCUUACAGUCCUCCAGUCAGGACUCCUUACAGUCCUCCAGUCAGGACUCCUUACAGUCUUUCAGUCAGGACUCCUUACAGUCUUCCAGUCAGGACUCCUUACAGUCCUUCAGUCAGGACUCCUUACAGUCCUCCAGUCAGGACUCCUUACAGUCCUCCAGUCAGGACUCCUCACAGUCCUCCAGUCAGGACUCCUUACAGUCCUCCAGUCAGGACUCCUCACAGUCUUCCAGUCAGGACUCCUCACAGUCCUCCAGUCAGGACACCUCACAGUCCUCCAGUCAGGACUCCUUACAGUCCUCCAGUCAGGACUCCUUACAGUCCUCCAGUCAGGACUCCUCACAGUCCUUCAGUCAGGACUCCUUACAGUCCUCCAGUCAGGACUCCUUACAGUCCUUCAGUCAGGACACCUUACAGUCCUCCAGUCAGGACACCUUACAGUCCUCCAGUCAGGACUCCUUACAGUCCUUCAGUCAGGACACCUUACAGUCCUCCAGUCAGGACUCCUUACAGUCCUCCAGUCAGGACACCUUACAGUCCUCCAGUCAGGACUCCUUACAGUCCUCCAGUCAGGACUCCUUACAGUCCUCCAGUCAGGACACCUUACAGUCCUUCAGUCAGGACAUUUGUUUGUGUUAUCUGCUUUCUCAUCUUUUAAAUCCAAAAUGA